UUCCGCUUUUGUAGCCCCCAGCUGGCACCUCCUUACAUUUUAUCCUCUCUUUCUCUCUCUCCUUCGACGAAACCCUAAUCCCUCUUCCUCCUUCAUUCCUUUUCCCUCUUCAGAUCUAAUAUAAUCUUUGCUGCAACCAUGUCUGCGGCACUCGAUAUGACCCUUGACGACAUCAUUAAGAACAACAAGAAGUCCGGAUCAGCCGGAUCCCGCGGCCGUGGUCGCCAAUCCGGAUCCGGACCCGGACCUACUCGCCGCUUCCCAAACCGCGCCGCCAACCGUCUUACGCCUUACGCCACCGCUAAGGCGCCGGAGACAGCGUGGCAGCACGACCUGUAUGCAGAUCAGGCUGUGGGAGCUUUCCCUGCGCAGGGUGGUCGAGCGUCGUCGAUUGAAACGGGGACCAAGCUAUACAUCUCGAAUUUGGAUUAUGGUGUUUCUAACGAUGAUAUCAAGGAAUUAUUUUCUGAAGUUGGUGACUUGAAACGGCACACUGUUCAUUACGACAGGAGUGGGAGAUCGAAGGGUACAGCGGAAGUAGUCUUCUCGCGGAGAGCUGAUGCUGUAGCUGCAGUGAAGAGGUACAACAACGUGCAACUUGAUGGGAAACCAAUGAAGGUAGAGAUUGUUGGAACGAACAUCACAACACAAGCUGUUGCUCCUGCUGCAAAUGGAGGUUUUGGAAAUUUGGGUGGAGUUCCCAGAAGUGGACAAGGGAGAAGUGGAGGGCCAUUAGUACGACCACGUGGUGGUGGAGGUAGAGGACGUGGCCCUCCUCGAAGAGGUCGAGGGCGUGGAAGAGGUCGUGGCGGUGAGAAGGUAUCUGCGGAAGAUCUUGAUGCUGAUUUGGAGAAGUACCAUUCAGAGGCAAUGCAAUUAAACUGAAGAAAUUACCCGUGUUAUAUUUUCUUGGUAUUACCGUUGUGGUUAUUGGGGCUUGGUGAUGGAACACUGCCUACUUAUGUAACUUUAUCCCAUGCUUUUAGGGGAAAAGGGGGAAGGACAACUUCUAGAGUGAACUUUUUCAGUUGAUAUAUGUAGUUUGGGAUUUUUGUAGUCAAAUAUUUAUUUUUCUUGACUACGACUGAAAUGUGGGUAAAGAAACAAAGUCAGGAUGUAAUAUGCAGUCGGGCUUGCUUUCAUUGGCUUUAAUCAAUUUUUAUUCAGCAA